AUGGGUAAAAAAAUACGCUCUUUCUCUCUUCUUCUCUCUCUUUCUCAUCUACCAUCUUUAUCUCUGUCUCUGUUCCUCAUAGUUUUUAAUGUAUGUGUUUUGUGGGAUGUGAUUUUGAGUUCACGCGAAGAAGAAGAUGUAGAUUGUUUAUGGGUUGUGAUUUCGAUUUCAAACGAAGAAGAAGAUGGAGAUCUACUUGCUUUCCUUUGGUUACCUAAAGAAGUUGGUGAUGAAGAAAAGAUACUUGGUCCAUCUAUUAAGGAAGCUUUCAAUGUCUCAUACAGGAAUAUUUAUGAAUUUCAUGCUGCUCAGAAGUCUCCUGAGAAAAGUGUUGAAAACAUGAAGAUAUGUUAA